AAUCUCUCCCUCUCUCUCUCUCUCUCAAUGGCGAGAUCUCUCUCCUCCAUUACACUUUCACUUACAUCCAUACUCUUCCUUCUAACGCCGGCGCCGGUUGCCGUCGACGCUCGCAUCGCCGGAGUUUUCACAGCCGGUUCAUGGCAAACCGCCCACGCCACUUUCUACGGCGGCAGUGACGCCUCUGGUACAAUGGGUGGAGCUUGUGGAUAUGGAAAUUUGUAUAGUCAAGGAUACGGCGUUAACACGGCGGCGUUGAGUACUGCUUUGUUUAAUGAAGGACAUAGUUGUGGUGCUUGUUUUGAGAUCAAAUGUGAUCAUGAUGGAAAAUGGUGUCUUCCCGGAAACCCUUCCAUAGUUAUAACGGCGACUAAUUUCUGCCCGCCGAACUUUGCUCUACCUUCUGAUAAUGGUGGAUGGUGUAAUCCUCCUCGUACACAUUUUGAUCUUGCCAUGCCCAUGUUUCUUAAGAUUGCUGAGUAUAAAGCUGGCAUUGUUCCUGUUUCUUAUCGACGUGUGCCAUGUAGAAAGCAAGGAGGGAUAAGGUUCACACUGAGCGGUUCAAAAUACUUUAACCUCGUAUUGAUCAGUAAUGUCGCCGGAGCAGGGGAUGUGGUUAGAGUUAGCAUAAAGGGAAGUAACACGCAAUGGAUGUCGAUGAGUCGAAACUGGGGGCAAAAUUGGCAAUCAAAUGUUGUUCUCAUGGGACAAUCAUUAUCGUUUCGAGUAACUGGAAGUGAUCGUCGAACUUCCACUUCAAUCAACAUUGCACCUUCCAACUGGCAAAUCGGACAAACCUAUGUUGGCAAGAAUUUUCGAGUCUAGAUAUUAGUUAACAAGAAAUUAUUAUUAAGCUAAUUAAUAUUAUUGGAUAUCUGUCCUAGGUUUGAGUUCAGCCCUCGAGUUUCUCCUUUUAGGAAACUUGAAUAGUGGCGGAUGGGACAGAAUUUUGUUAGAAUUAAGAAGUGAUUUAAGGUUUUGUAAUAUGGAUCAUGGGUAAUUUCAUUAUAUGUCUUUCUGGUUUUAAAAAGAUUAAACAAACAGGCCCAAAUAAAAGUACUGUAGUUGGCU